CGCAGGCUAAUCGUGAAAAGAAGAAACGGCGACAUAAACAUUAAAAAGGGACCAAAACGUCAAAAAAACGUGACAAAGAUGAUCAAAACAACAUCUCUGCUUUGUGAUGUCAUGCCAGACAGACAGACCCUGACGUAAAACGAGCAACAGGCGGCGGCAGAGCGUCACCGCUGCGUCAUUACGUCACCACCACAGAAGAGAAGAAGCCGGAAGUGUCAGCAGCAGAAGUCGGAGCAGAUUAGCCUGAUUAGCCUGCAGGCUAGCGAGCUGUGAUGUGACGUGUCUAAAGCCGACAGUGGAGUGACGCUGUGAGCUAAGCCCCGCCCCCUGUGUGUUGCCGGGGGCGAUGGCGCUGAUCGAAGGCGUGGGAGACGAGGUGACUCUGCUGUUCGGAUCGCUGCUGCUGCUCGCCGUGAUGCUGCUGGCGUGGAUCUCCACCCGCACGGCCGAGCCGCCGGAGCACCUGUUCACCACAGGCCCCGCCCCCUCGCCGGGCCACGCCCACACGGACACGCCGGCGCCGCCCGCCGAGGCGGAAGCUCCGCCCACUGAGGCCACGGCGGCGAGCAACGAGGCGGACGCAGCGGCCGGAGCAGACGGAGCAGACGGAGCAGACGGAGGAGACGGAGGAGAGAGGAACAUGGUGCUCCGAAUCAAGUUCCUCAACGACACCGAGACCACGGCUCAGGUCAAACCACAGGACACCAUCGGCUACAUCAAACGGACCUAUUUUUCGGGCCGGGAGCAGCAGGUGCGUCUGAUCUACCAGGGCCAGCUGCUGCAGGACGACGGCCAGACUCUGGCGUCUCUGAACCUCGCCCAUAACUGCGUGCUGCACUGCCACAUCUCGGCCGCCGCCGCCGCUGGGGCGGGGCGCGCCCGCGGGGGCCGCGCGGCGGCCGACCCGGUCCAGGUGGCGCUGAACGUGGGCAGCCUCAUGGUGCCGGUGCUGGUCCUCAUGCUGUCCGUGCUGUGGUACUGCCAGAUCCAGUACCGGCAGUUCUUCCGCGGCGCCCGCCACCGCCUCGCUGGUCGGGUCACCAUCUUCCUCAGCCUCGUCGCCUUGGGUCUACCGCCCGCUAGCCGGCGCUCUGAUUGGCUGCUGCCUUGAGUCUACUGCUGCUAGCAGCGCUCUGAUUAGCUGCUGCAGGCAGCAGGGCGGAGCUCUGGACUGGACUUAAUGUGGGGGCUACAUUUACUGUGCUCGUUCCCCCUCUCUUUACCCCUCUCAUUCCCCCUGCUCUGGUGUUUCCCCCUCUCUU